AUGAAGGCUCCAACUCCAAGAUGUAUUAUCAUUAGACAUGGUCAAACUGAAUGGUCCAAAUCUGGCCAGUACACAGGAUUAACUGACUUGCCAUUAACUCCAUAUGGUGUUGGACAAAUGAAGAGAACUGGUGAAUCCAUUUUCCAAAACAACAAAUUCAUUGAUCCAUCUCAUAUUACUUAUGUGUUCACUUCUCCAAGAACACGUGCCCGUGAGACAGUUGACCUUGUUUUAAGUUCAUUGAGCGAAGAACAAAAAAAACACAUCCGUAUUGUUGUUGAUGAUGACUUGCGAGAAUGGGAAUAUGGUGACUAUGAAGGAUUAUUAACUCAUGAAAUUGUCAAAUUAAGGAAAUCCCGUGGUCUAGAUCAAGAUAAACCUUGGAACAUUUGGAGAGAUGGUUGUGAAAAUGGUGAAUCCACUCAAGAGAUCGGUCUUAGAUUAUCUCGUGUCAUUGCUAGAAUCCAAAACUUACACAGAUUACACCAAUCAGAGAAUAGACCAUCGGAUAUUUUAGUCUUUGCACAUGGUCAUGCGCUACGUUAUUUUGCUGCACUUUGGUUUAAACUUGGUGAGGAGAAAUUAGUGGAAACUGAAAAGGAAAAAAGCAAUCCAAAAUCUUAUGAAGAUAGUACUAUUCCUUAUGUGGCUCUAGAAAAAUACAGAUAUUUGAUUGAUAAUCCAAAGUUCUUGUUAGAUGCUGGUGGUAUUGGUGUUUUAUCUUAUGCUCACCAUAACAUUGACGAGCCAUCGUUGGCUUUGGCUGGUGCCUUUAUAUGUCCACCAGAAGAGGAAUCUCAGCAUGGAGAUGUAAUAGCUUAA